CGAGGAGGUUGGUUGAUGCGUGUUCUGUAACACGUUACAAGUUAUGGCGGGUUAUCGUAAUUAUAAAAGUUUCUUCCAAACUUUACCUAUUCAUCUUCAUGAAUGAAACAUUUUUUAUAACUGUUUUAUUAUACGUAUAAUCACUGAAAACAUAUAAAAUAACGUUAUUAAGUGAAAUUUCCCCGGUCAGGAUGUCUGUUAAUUUAAAGUGGCGGUUACCUGACGUUUUUUGUGAAGUGUGUUGAAUGGAUAGCGGAAUUAAGUUUAAUUCGCAUCGCGGGAAUGGGUGAAUGAGUGAUUCGGUCGGAAACAUUCGAAAUGCCUUUCGUGGAGCGUGUGGUAGAACCGAAGUUUCUAUCCAGAACUAGUUUGCACGACCAAGCCGGGACGCAGAAGGUUACGGAUGAGGAAUUACAGGCCGUUACUAACUGUACCCUGAGUAAUGCUCUUCGGCAGCUCGCUUCUCUGGUACUCUUAGCAGAGGAUAUAUUCAGCGAGCUGACUUCACAGCUUGAAGGUGUGACAGAGCGCUCGAAGGCAGCACAAACGAAACUGGGAAAAAUAAACGAGCUCGUCGAAAAGUAUGACCCGAAGAAGGUGCCAGUCCCUGAGGGAUGCCUGUCAGACUUUGCGCUCCGCAAAGUUCACUACACGGCAACAAAACCCAUCAAGAAGGAGCUGUUCACUGUGGAGACGAGGCCGUCCAGUUUACGCAAGCUGUACGAGAGGGCGACAACCGACAGAAUCUCAGCUCAGAUACUCGAGCAACUGAGGAAAGACUCCCAGCAUUCCCCCUUCCUGCUGUGCACCCCUGUGCUGAGCACCAAGAGGAGACGCGUCUACAGCAGGGUUGAUGAUAUAGAAACCAGAAUUCCGACAGUGGUGGAGCAGCUGCGCAAAUGGACUUCACGUGAAGCCAUGGGAGACGUGACAGUCCUUCCUGACGCAUCCAUGAGGAUCGUGAGCAGCGUCACGCUGACUCCAGACGAGCUAUCGGAGUGUGGCUCCGGCGACGACGAACCCAUCGACCACCGGCUCCCGAGUCCUGAAGAACAACUGCGAAUCAUUGCCUCUAAGUUCACUCCAGAAUUAGUUGCAAUAGACACGUCCGGAAAGUUCUUCGACAGGAUGUGCACUUCUAGAAAGUCACUUCACAUAGAAACAGGCUCAGGUGAGACCGACACGGUGAAGCGGCGGACUCGUAACAGAAAACCACGGGGUAAAAGACGAAACACCAUUUCGGGCACUGAUCAGAAAGAGCUUAGAGAGGCUAUCGCUGGUGAUACUUCAAACGCUGUGGCCUCUGAAGAAAUGGAAAAUAGCAGUGUUGUACGGUCUCAGUCUAGCGAUCUUCUUAAGAGUUCUAUUGAUCCGGUGAUAAAAAAAGGACACUUCAAUAGCCUCAAACAAUGGGGUAAAAAUAGACUUAAAAUGAUAGGAAGAUCCCCAAGCGCGAGUAGAGAUAGUUUCAAAGAUGCUGCUAAAUUAGAAAAGAAUAAAGAGUCGAUUUCUCCGAUUAAAACUGAAGAAGUUAAUAUCAAAGAAACAGUAACGUUGAGAAAGAAAAGACCAAGUGAAGAAGAUAGAAGAUCUCAUCAACGAUGCGCCUCAUAUUCAUCUUCUGAAAAGAGUAUAGGCGUCCCAUGCAAUACACAAACAACUGCAACUAUAAAUAAUGGAGUUAAAUUAAGAGCUACGUCAACACAAAGAAGAUUGCGACGAACUGGAUUAGGCAAAGAAGAACCACAUUCGUCGAGUGGAAAUUGGUCUGCUAGUUCGGAAUCUGGUAGAACAAGUAUUGGUUCUGAAAUAACAACCACAACCGUACCCCCCAAAAGUACAACUUCAGCUGGAACGUCGAACAAUUCACUUAAUUAUCAUCAUGCUCCACCUAGUUCAAUAAUCAGUAGGCGAAGAUUCAUUAAUACUUCUGGUUCUGGAAGUGUUACAAGUGAAGGCACUCUCACUCCUGACAUAAUUCAUGACUUGCAUGAAGAUCUAGAAACAAGUUCUGAAUUUUCGUGUGAUACUGAAGGAUACUAUACAUCAUUCCACAUGGAUUCCGGCUUAAAAACCUUAAAGGAAGAAGAUCUGUCACCAAGUACGCCCCUUCACACUUCCAAUGCGUUAUCAAAUUCUUCUACUAGCCAGAAUUUAACAGCUGAAAAUGAAUAUGAACUGUUUGGAAAAGGUUCAACUAGUACUACCACCAGCUCGGCAGGUACUGUAUGUACCACGCUUAUGGCGGCAGGGAGCGAUAGAUCUUUGGCUAUAGGUCCUACAGUGCCAGAAAGGAAAAGUUCACUAUCAAAAAUAAAUCGCAGCAGAAAUAACAGUGUGCAUAGUGCCAAUGCAAGUUUGGAUAGAGGUUCGAAUUCAUAUAGUAAAUCCCCAUUCAGCAGUUUACGUUACAAUGCUAUGAAGUCUUACGCAGAUAAACAUAUUUAUAACCAAUCUUCGCCUGAAAUUAAUAAUGUACCACCGUCCACCGUCACUGUAUCAAAAUCUAUAGGAAAUCAUAGAGAAAUAACUGCUGUUGCUGAAGUACAUACAGAAACCGACAUAGAAAGUACAAAAAAGAGCACUGGCACAAGUUCCCCAGACUCUGGUCAUAAUACCUCAAGUUCUCCAAUUGAAGAUUCAGUAUCCAGUGCUCAUGGAAAAAAUAGUCUUUCAGAACACGACUACUCAGAAUCUUCUGAUUUAGAGGGAACUGAUCGAAUUGAAAGAAUAAGAUACAAAACCACUAUCAACAGUUCACGUAUUCCAUCGAUGUGCGUAAUAACUCCUAGUAAUUCUGACGACGAAAGCGAUGCGACUGCUAGGGGAUCAGAAGUUAAUAAUAAAUUACAAGAUGAUAUGAAAUCUGAGAACUUCAAAUCAAGUAGGCCUAAAUUAGAUUUGCCAUCAGACGAUAAGAUUAAAGAAAUAAACGGUGGGUAUAAAAUACCUAAGACUCAAAAGUCAUCGUUGCAGCCGUUUAAUAAUUUGAUGUGUAAACUGAAAGGUGUAUUGCCGCAUAAGUUGACUCACAAAAAAUCUCCCGUAGCUAAAGAAACAGAUGACAAUUAUAUUUUUGAUACAGGAGACUAUGUAACUAUAGCUGAUGUCAAAAAUAAUAACCAAAAAAUGUGUUUAAAUAGAGGGACAUAUGCAAACACAGACAUUAUUGGAAAAAAUCUACAGUCAGUGCUAUCAGGAAAACCAGAAACAGAAUAUGUAUCACUGAACGAGCUCCCCAAUUGUUUAACUGAGAGCAAGGAUUAUUUAGACCAUGGUUUAGAAGAAAAACCAUCAAAGUCUUUAGAAGAGAUUCAAAGAAAAGGAGCUAAAGUAACACUUGAUUCACAUGGCCAAGUAAUAUAUUCUUCCGAUACAUUAAAAAGAAAAAAAGGCGCCCAUACAACUUUUGAACCAGGGCCGUUUGUACAAGAGAUAUCGCCUACAACUAUGAUCAUACAAAGAGAAAAUGCAGAUGUUAUAACAGUAUCCGAUGAAACCAAUUUUCCGUAUGAAAUUCCACAGACUUCUAGCAAACCAACAUCACCACAACUUGGUAAAAUGAUAAUAAAAGCUCCCUUAGAACCGCAUGGCGCUAUAACUACAGAAUUUGUAGCUUUUCCGCCCCCAAAGCCGAGCACUAUAAUAACUGCUACACCAUUAGCUGAAACACGCACUCUUGCCAAUAAUAAUCAUAAUGUAUCAAUAGCCAAUAAACAUUCAGAUCUUCCAAGAGUGGUGGAUGCUAUAACUAGAACAGGAGCUUAUGUAAAUAUACAUGAUGCGGAGGGUGUCAACUUGUCGCCAUCAAAAGAUGAUGUAACAGUGAACAAGAAAUCUUCGAACGGUUUCGACAUUACCGUCAACCUCUUCAAAGGCUAUCUUCAUUCAACUGCUGACAAACCCUCAGCUAACGGACUGUCGACUAUAAAUCGUGAUGGUGCUUUGAAUGUAAAUGCUCUUAGUUCUACCAUCUUACCAAAAAAUAAUAAUAGACACGGUAUAGACACUUACAACAAUAGGUCAAGUGUUACACAAAAACCACAAAGACAAUUUUGGACUCUUCCGAAUCGCAUGACUUUAGAACAGCAGGCAAGAUCGAAGCUCACAACAAGCAAGCAAGAGUUACCAAAUUACCCUGAGAUUUGUGUAACAAGAUUAGAUAAACAAAUCAGUAAUAAUGAAGACACAAUACGAAUUUCCCCAAUAGAUCCCAGAAUACCUAGUACGUUUAAAUCUUCUACGCCAACAAGCAAGGAGAAUGUUAUAGAUUUAAAUUCUAAACUUCUGUCACCAGUUAAAUCAACAAUGACAAACGAAGAAUUGUAUGCAGUUAUUCACAAAAGUAAAAAGAAGCUUAAUAUUAAAGAAGUUCCCGAAAGAGCCGAAUCACCCGCGUUAUCAAACAUAAGUUUAUCACCUGUGAAUUCUGAGACAUCUCUUUCUGGAAAAGGAACACAGCGUCACCCAGAGACUGGUUAUUUGGGUGAUGCAAGGAGCAGAGCUAGUUGGUCACCUAACUUUAAACCCUUAGGUCAAUCCCAAACAACAUUUGGUUUUCAUAAGCAAGAGUCAACAUGUGCAGAUCGCCAUGGCCCUUUGCCACAGACUUCAAGAAUGGACUUUAAGAAGUUAUUACUACAGCAUAGUGUCAAAUUAAAUACUCUUAAUCCGCAAGCUAAAUCUAAUAAGCUCUCCGCAGUGGAACAGUUAAAAUUAUCGAAGGAAAAGGGUCAGACACCAAUGACUCCACCGUCAAAUAGAUCUCAUGUUAACAUACUUGAUUUAAGUGGAUCACCAAAAACUUACGCGCAAAGGAAAAUUAUUAGAUCUGUUAACCAACCUUUAUCGCCCGGAAGAGCUAACGCUCUUCUGAAAGAGCAUAAAAAUGCUCCUAAAAUACUACUUUCACCUAAAUCACAGUGGCGCUUUUCAAGUCCACGAUCAGAUGUUCUAUCAACACCAAUACUUGAAGCGUACAAUGAAGACGAAAAUUCUAACAGUUCUGGUGAAAAACAUGACACAUCUCCAAACCCACCGUCAAAAACAGUUCCUAUUUUUACUAAUCAGCACUUCGGAGCUCGUAGAAACCUUAUACCAAUUAAUGAGAAUAAUCUCGAAUCUGAAGUUAAUUUAAAUGAUUCACUUGAACAUUGUGUGUUUCCUUUAAACACAGAAUGCGUAAAACAACCGGUAUUAUCAAGAACUGAAAUAAUGCAGGCAAAGCGUGCAGAAUUUUUUAGUAGUCCUCAUGAAAAUCCUGUACCACAUCUCUCUUCUUUUAAACAGUCUUCGCCCAACGUAAGUGUCGUGAGAAGCAAAUUAUCUCCUGAUGGGGGUAAAACUUCUCCAACGACACUAGAGACAGCCUUAUGAUAUUUAAAAAAUAUUUUUCGUUCUAAGAAUUGAAUAUUUCUUUGAUUCUUUUGUAUAUGGAUAAUAUGCAAAUAGAUUUGAUGGAAGCUUUAAUCUAGUCUAAAAGAACCUAUCUAUUAUCAAGCAUAAUUUAUAUGAUUGGCCCAGCAUGAAAUCUACUUAUAGUAUAUAUAAUAAUGUAAUGAAAUAAGUAAAAAACUCUCAAGUUGGUUCACUUUGAUGAAAUUCCAUACUUACAAAUUAGGUUUAAGUAUUUAUUAAAAUAUAUAAGUAAUUUUUUAUUGUUUCUAAGUUAUAAAGACAAUAUUAAUAAAAAUGUGUUGAGAAAUUGAUAA